ACACAGUGGAUCACCGAUCCAUGGAAAGAGCCGAACAUGACGGCUCGGUCAUGUGAUCAGCUGUGUCCAAUCACAGCUGAUCACAUGGGACAUGUACACUGAUCAUCAGGGCACUGAUGAUCAGUGUAGCCCCAGCAGUGCCACCUGUCAGUGUCCAUCAGUGCCAGCUGUCAGUGCUCAUCAGUGCCACAUGCCAGUACCCAUCAGUGCCACAUAUUAGUGCCUACCAGUGCACACCAAUACCACAUAUCAGUGCCCAUCUGAGCUGCCUUUCAGUGUCACCUGUCAGUGCCAGUCAGUGCCACCUAUCAGUG